CGUUCAGUCUCACGGGAAACGUCGAUCGAUCCAAAAACCCCGCAAACGCAUUUAAAAACCUAGUGUCCGAAUUCAGGCUCACAGAAACCAAAGCAAUUGAAGUGCGGUCAAAAUUAUGGAAGUGAAUGUGGGAUGGCCAAAGUUGCUCAAGAUGAGCGCCCAGUUGGUGGGACACAAGUUUCAGCAGUACCGCCUGUCCACAGGUCACACUGUGAUUUUGGACACCAAUUACGGACAGGUUCGAGGACUUCUAAGAAAGACGGUCUAUGAUAAGGAACUUUACUUCGCCUUUGAGGGCAUUCCAUAUGCCAAGCCGCCGGUGGGUGAGCUCAGAUUCAGGGCACCUCAGCCACCGGAACCCUGGCAAGGAGUACUCAAUUGUACCACCAACCGAUCCAAGCCCCUGCAGAGAAAUAUGCUUUUGGGGAUCGUAGAAGGCAGCGAGGAUUGUCUGCACCUAAAUGUGUAUGCGAAAACUCUGAAGUCUGAGAAACCCUUACCCGUGAUCGUGUGGAUUUACGGAGGGGGUUUCCAGAAGGGCGAAGCCUCCAGGGAUGUUUACAGCCCCGAUUACUUCAUGAAGCAGCCGGUGGUGCUCGUUUCCAUCAACUACAGGUUGGCAGCACUGGGUUUUCUCAGUCUUAAGGAUCCGAAGCUAGAUGUUCCUGGAAAUGCGGGGCUGAAAGACCAAAUAAUGGCACUGCGCUGGAUCAGCCAAAAUAUCGCCCACUUCAACGGCGACCCCAACAAUAUUACAAUAAUGGGGGAAAGUGCAGGUUCGGCUUCCGUUCACAUGAUGAUGACCACGGAGCAAACACGUGGUCUGUUCCACAAGGCCAUCAUGCAAUCCGGAUGUGCUCUUUGCGAAUGGGCGGAAAGUCCGGAUCACAAUUGGGCUUUCCGUCUGGCUCAGAAUUUGGGCUAUAAAGGCCCAGAUAAGGAUGCAGAUAUAUUAAGUUUUCUCGGCAAGACUUCUGCUCGUAAGAUAGCGGCCAUUGACCAGGACGUGAUCACCCAGGAUGAAAUUCGGAGUUUCCUACUGUACGCCUUUGGUCCGGUGGUGGAGCCCUAUGAGACCGACCACUGUGUGGUACCCAAAAGACACAAAGAGCUGUUGUCCAAGGCCUGGGGCAACGAUAUACCCGUUAUUAUGGGAGGAAAUUCAUUUGAGGGCUUGUUUUCCUACCAAGUGCUAAGAAAUGAUCCUUGGGGCCUGAAGAACUUCCACAACAUUCUGCCAAGGGAGGUGAGAGAAGCCAGCUGUCUGGAGGAACAGGAUCUACUUGUUCGGCGUAUGAAAAAGCUCUACUUUAAGGACGAAAUGCGGGACUCAAUGAAGGUGUUUGAGGCCCUAAACAUAUUUUCCCAUCGCCAGAUUUGGCACGACAUGCAUCGCUUGGUUCUCGCCCGUCACACGUAUGCUCCCAAGUCGACAACCUAUCUAUACCGAUUCGACUUCGACUCCCCGCACUUUAAUCAAUUCCGCCGAUUCGUUUGCGGAGAUCGCAUUCGCGGAGUGGCCCAUGCCGAUGAAUUGUCGUAUCUCUUUUACAACAUUAUAGCCACAAAGUUGGAGAAAACAUCGAUGGAGUACCAAACCAUAGAGAGAAUGGUGGGCAUGUGGACAUCGUUUGCCUCCAGUGGGAAUCCUAACUGUCUGGAACUGGGAACUGCCAAGUGGGACCCCGUUCAGCUGAUAGACAACGGCGUAGAAAAGUGCUUCAACAUCAGCUAUGAACUGGAUAUGCGAGAUCUGCCCGAGGCGGAGUUCUUGGCAGUGUGGGAUUCAUUCUAUCCCAGGGAAGACCUUUUCUAGUUCUGAAAUCUUAAUAUAAUAUCUGUGAACUAAAAUAUAUUGUGGGUAGUAAGAGUAGCUGCAUUCGGGCGACUUUCGGAUUUCACUUUAGAAGUCAUAAAUGAUAACAAGUCACCUAAUCUUGUAAAUUGUCCGGUUUCCUUAGUAUAGCGUUAAUAUUGUACAUUUUAAAAAUAACUAUUGUACAAUUUGUUGAGAUUACAUAUUUUAUGACGGCCAUUAUUUUUAUAGUAUGAGAGUUCUACUUUUUUGUAUUUUUUUAAUAUGUUUUUAACUUCACAAAAUAAAUACAUUAAAUACUUUAAAAGAGAA